CUUAGGGAGGCCUUGAUUCCGACUGAACUCCGGCAUGGCUGACGUGUCCUCGAUUUCGCUAUCAUCCAUUGCUUCUACUUCACCUCUGGGGCUGUUCAUGAUGACCCUGAAGUCUCUGUACGGAACUGAACUGCUAGAAUAUUCCACAUGCAUACUCCGGCCAGUCGAGACCGGUCGCGUCCCUCCGAUCGUCAGGGACACCAUGCUUCUCUGCCCAAGCUGGCUGGAAGCGCCGGAUCUGGUGCUGUCACAUGCCUGCGACAUCCCUGUGAAGCCGGCAUCCCGCCAACUGGUGUCCACUCGAGGUACUGUAUGCGACUCGUCGUAUCUCCCAUGCAAUACUUGUCCAGUGCAGAACCUUCUAGAUGGCCUACAGCAAGUUCACGAUAGCCAGCAACAGCCAGCGAUGUUCCUUCACAAUCUACUAAUCAAAGUGACCUUCAGGGCAUUCAUUGAAAUCCACAGUAAUGUUCAUUCGUCAGUAGUCAAUAUGGAACAAACCGCAGAGGAGAAUGCCAAUCUCCUCGAAGCUUUGCCUUUUAUCGUCUCCAGCCUAUGUCUCCGGAACAUCCACCGGACUGCUCCGGUUCUUAAUUCAUCCAUAUCCUUGUAGCCGGACUGACUGCAUCUUAUGUACGGGAAAAGCCAGCCUAUGAAAGGCAAUUGUCGACAUCCCUCUAAACGAAGUCCCAGAGUGCACUGUAUCGAGCGUUAUAUAAGGCGCAUAUUCCCAUUUCCUGUCGCUUUCUUUCUUCCUCCCUAUAUAUCGAGCCAUAGGGCUCCGCUGUGACGAGGAAUAGUUCCUCACAUGGUUGUAUGACAAGGGGACAUCAACCUACUUUGAGUAUCUGCGGCAUAAGUAGCCUUUACCGUGGGUCUCUUUCCCUGUGGUCUUUUACCGAAGCCAGCAUUGUCAUAUCACGCGCCUA